GCUGCUAACGCCCCUGGGAUUUGGUGAUGGAGGCUUUGCUGGAGGGAAUGCAAAGACACAGCCAGGGGAGUGGGUUCCUGACUUCGUGCGAGGCCGAGCUGCAGGAGCUGAUGAAGCAGAUUGACAUUAUGGUGGCUCACAAGAAAUCCGAGUGGGAAGGACAGACGCAGGCCUUGGAGGCUUGCUUGGAUGUUCGGGAGCAGGAGCUUGCCUCUGCCAGGGCUGCUUUGGAAGAGAAAUACAAGGAGGUCGGCAUGCUACGUCAGCAGUUAGAAGACUCGGAAAAAGCCAAACAGGACAUGGUUAGAGAAUAUGAACAGCAACUGAAGAAAUUUCAAGAAGAGCUGGCCAGGCUGAGGAGAAGCUACGAGAAGCUGCAGAAGAAACAGCUGAAAGAAGCUAGAGAACAAGGUGCCAGGAGAGAAGAGGAGGAACAGUUAGAAAUGAGCCGGCUCACCAGGAAGCUGGAGGAAUUCCGUCAGAAAUCCCUUGCCUGGGAGAAGCAGCGCCUGCUCUACCAGCAGCAGGUGGCAUCCCUGGAGGCGCAGCGGAAGGCCCUGGCCGAGCAGUCCGAGCUCAUUCAGACUCAGCUUGCCAGUCGGAAGCAGAUGCUGGAGUCGGUGGAACUGGCAAGCCGAUCGGAAAUCCAGCACUUAACCAGCAAGCUGGAGAGGGCCAAUGAUGCCAUCUGUGCCAAUGAGCUGGAGGUGGAGAGACUUAACAUGAGAGUGGACGAUCUCACUGAAAACAAUCGGAUGAUUCUGGAAGAUCAGCAGAGAGUUCAAGAAGAAUUAAGGCAAUCCAAGAAAAUGUUAGAGGUGUUACAGGAUGAGAAGAUGGAGCUGAGAGCCACCUUGCAGUCCCAAGAGGAUUUCAUUGAUAGCUCCAAGCUGCAUCAGGAGCAGUUGCAGAGCGAGCUGGCCCGGCUCAGUGAAACUCUUCGCACAAAAGAGCUUGUCAUCAGGGCCUUAGAAGAGCACUUGCAGGAGAGACAAGCAUCUUCUCCGGGGCUGGAGCAUGUCCUGCUGCAGCUGGAUGUUGCCCAGAAGAAGGAGCAGCACUUACAGUCAGAGGUGACUCAGCUGGAGAACAGCCUGGUGUCUUCAAAUGCGAGGUGUGUGCAGCUGAGUGAAGAGCUGGCUGAGAAUAUCAAAGAGCUGCAGUCGAUGGAAGAGCAUCAUAGUGACUCAAAGGCAGAGAUUAAAAAGCUGAAAGAGCAACUCUGUCAAACUGAGCAAACUCACAGCAGUGAACUGGAAGGCAUGAAAAAGGAAAUCUCCAAGUUAACACAGGAGCUGCACCAGCGGGACAUCGCGAUUGCAUCAAAAAGCGGCUCCACGUCGGACCUGGAGCACCGGCUGAGAACAGAGAUCGAAAGAGCAGAGAGGAAGGCAGUGGAGCACAGGGUAAUUCUGGUUCAGCUGGAAACCCUGAGGCUCGAAAACCGUCACCUCUCGGAGAUGCUGGAGAAAAUGGAGUUCGGGAUGGUGGAGGGAAAAGAAGUCACCCUGAGAGCUCUCAGAGAAGGCUAUGCUGCUGAACUGAGUAAAUUAAAAUCUGAGAACCUGCAAUUGCAGAAGGAUCUAGCAGAGGCUAGAGCAAAACUGCAGCCCUCAGCUCAGGUCUGCCCGGAUGAACCUCAGGUCACUGCUCAGCAGAUACAGAGUGAAGAGCCCGAGACCAGGGCUGUCCAGUGCAGGACACCUCGGGAAGCACAGCACGAGGAGCAAACAGAGAAACUGCGUCAUGGACCUGACAGGAGUGUCCAGCAUCAUCCGGGGCAGUCACAGAGACAGCAAACCCAGCCUUUCCCUGCGACCUCCGAGAGCGGGGAGCCCCCUGCCCAGAUGAGCCGCAGGGACGGUGUGGAAUCUCCUCCUUCUGAUGCCCUGCUGGGAGGAGAUUCUUUGCUCCUUGUGCUGGACGGAAAUGCGGGUUUCACUGAUGAAGCGUCUAGGCAAUCUGUGCUAAGUCUUCAGAGAGAAUCCGUGCCUUUGUGCCCCCUGCCUACAACUUCAGUUGGAUCAAUAGCUGCAAGAUACCUGGAAGAGGAGGAGCUGAGAUCCCAGCACAUCCUGAAACGCCUGGACACCCACAUUGAGGAACUAAAGCGAGAGAGCGAAAAGACAGUGAAACAGUUUGGACACCAGGAGUAA